AUGUUCAUUAACCGCUGACUAUUUUCAACUAAUCAUAAAGAUAUCGGAACCUUGUAUCUUCUAUUUGGUGCAUGAGCUGGUAUAGCCGGCACAGCCCUUAGUAUCCUAAUUCGAUCUGAAUUAGGUCAACCCGGUUCAUUAUUAGGAGAUGAUCAAAUCUAUAAUGUUAUUGUUACAGCCCAUGCAUUUGUAAUAAUCUUUUUUAUAGUAAUGCCCAUUAUAAUUGGUGGUUUUGGUAACUGAUUGGUUCCUUUAAUAAUUGGAGCCCCAGAUAUAGCAUUCCCACGAAUAAAUAAUAUGAGCUUUUGACUUUUACCUCCCUCAUUUCUCUUACUUUUAGUUUCUUCCACAGUAGAAGCUGGGGCAGGGACAGGCUGAACUGUGUACCCUCCCUUAGCAGGUAACUUAGCCCAUGCCGGAGCUUCAGUAGAUCUAGCCAUUUUUUCUUUACAUCUGGCUGGAGUCUCUUCUAUUCUAGGGGCAAUCAACUUCAUUACAACAAUUAUUAAUAUGAAGCCACCUGCAAUAUCACAAUACCAGACGCCUCUAUUCGUUUGAUCAGUCUUAAUUACAGCUGUUCUUCUCCUUCUAUCCCUUCCUGUUCUUGCAGCAGGUAUUACCAUGCUCCUGACCGAUCGUAAUCUCAACACAACUUUCUUUGAUCCUGCUGGGGGAGGUGACCCUAUCUUAUACCAACACUUAUUCUGAUUUUUUGGUCACCCUGAGGUAUAUAUUUUAAUCUUGCCUGGCUUUGGAAUUAUUUCUCACAUUGUCACUUAUUACUCAGGUAAAAAAGAACCAUUUGGCUAUAUAGGGAUAGUUUGAGCUAUAAUAUCAAUUGGAUUUUUAGGUUUUAUUGUAUGAGCCCACCACAUAUUUACAGUUGGUAUAGAUGUUGAUACACGAGCCUACUUUACAUCUGCCACAAUAAUUAUUGCUAUUCCCACUGGUGUCAAAGUAUUUAGCUGACUUGCUACAUUACAUGGUGGGGAUAUCAAAUGAACUCCCCCUAUACUAUGAGCCCUUGGUUUCAUCUUUUUAUUUACAGUAGGAGGCCUAACAGGCAUUGUUCUAGCCAACUCUUCUUUAGAUAUUAUUCUCCACGACACUUAUUAUGUUGUUGCUCACUUUCAUUAUGUACUAUCUAUAGGAGCAGUAUUUGCUAUUAUAGGUGGCUUUGUCCAUUGAUUCCCCUUGUUAUCAGGUUUUACACUUCAUCCAACAUGAGCAAAAGUCCACUUUACCCUAAUAUUUGUAGGGGUUAAUCUAACCUUUUUUCCUCAACAUUUCUUAGGCCUAGCUGGUAUACCACGACGCUAUUCAGACUACCCAGACGCCUACACACUAUGAAAUGCCUUAUCAUCGCUAGGAUCAUUCGUUUCACUAACAGCAGUUAUAGUUAUAAUUUUCAUAAUCUGGGAAGCCUUUGCAUCCAAACGAGAAGUCUUAUCUGUAGAACUUACUACUACUAAUAUUGAAUGACUCCACGGAUGUCCACCUCCUUACCACACAUUUGAGCAACCCGUAUACAUCAAAGCCUAA